AAUGAAUCAGUGGAUAUACCAGCAAUUUGUGACACUCAUUUGAUUAGGACACUGAUUUUUUCGUCUUUGUUACAUAAAAAAGAUUCUGAACAGAAGAUUUUGAAGUGCUAGAUUUCUCAACCACACACUGAUGUUUUACGUGCUAGCUAUCGCGUUGUCAAUGCUCUAUUUAUAAGAUUCUUGUUAGGUUAGUGUUUAUUGUUUUCUUUUAAAUUAGUAGUAUCAUGACCUCAGAGCUAACAUUGCCAGAAAACACAGCUUCUGCUGCAAAAGGUAGCCGGCUUGAGUUUGCAUUACACGUUUUUCGGGGCCGAUGGCUCUCUCUAUAUGCAUCAUUUACAAUCAUGGCUACUGUAGGAAGUACUUAUCUGUUUGGAAUUUAUUCCAAGGAGAUUAAAGCUUCUUUAGGCUAUGACCAGAGCACGCUCAAUCUAAUUGGUUUCUUUAAGGAUCUUGGCUCAAAUAUUGGGAUCAUCUCAGGCUUAAUUGCUGAAGUAACUCCAACCUGGUUCCUUCUGCUGAUUGGUUCGUCUCUGAAUUUUGUUGGUUACUUUGUCAUAUGGCUCGCUGUUACUGGCAAAAUAGCAAAGCCGAAAGUGUGGCAGAUGUGUACUUACAUGUGCAUUGGAGCCAAUUCUCUCAACUUCGCAAACACUGGAGUUCUUGUCACAUGUGUUAAGAACUUUCCAGAGGACCGUGGAGUGUUGUUAGGUCUUUUGAAGGGAUUUGCUGGACUAAGUGGAGCUAUCAUGACACAAAUUUACUUGGCCCUUUAUGGGAAUGAUCCUCAGUCUCUCAUCCUCCUUAUUGCGUGGCUUCCGGCUGCAAUAUCAAUGCUUUUCGUCUACACAAUCCGGACUAUUAAUGCUGGUAGGCAGCAAAAUGAGGUCAGGGUUCUGUACCAGUUUCUAUAUGUAUCAAUUGUAUUAGCCUUGUUUAUCAUGGUCAUGACCAUAACUCAGAAACUGAUAACUUUUCCCCCGGUUGCUUAUGAUGCAAGUGCUACUUUAGUAUGUGGUCUACUCAUUUUCCCUCUUUUUAUUGUGUUCCGGAAAGAGUUAUUUCUCUGGAAACAAAAGAGGAUUUCCACUAAUCCUAACGAUGUAAGGAUCGUUAUUCCUGCACAAACUACCACAUCAGAAGAAAUGCCAAAAACAUCUUUUUUCUCUGAGAUUCUUAAUAAGCCACCAAGGGGAGAAAAUUACACAAUCUUACAAGCACUACUCAGUGUGGACAUGCUAAUUGUUCUAAUUUCAACAGCUUGUGGAAUUGGCUCAAACUUAACUGCAAUCGAUAACUUGGGUCAAAUUGGAGAGUCACUAGGCUAUCCAACAAAAAGCAUAAAUGCAUUUGUAUCUUUAGUGAGCAUCUGGAACUACUUUGGAAGGAUCUUUGCUGGUCUGAUCUCCGAAAAACUUCUAGUUAAAUUCAAAUUUCCCAGGCCUCUUAUGAUCACACUCUUCCUCUUUUUGUCAUGUGUCGGUCACCUCCUUAUAGCCUUCCCCGUCCCAGGUUCUGUGUACGUGGCAUCUGUAAUCAUUGGUUUUUCAUUUGGAGCACAGUUUCCAUUACUUAAUGCUAUCAUUUCUGAGCUCUUUGGCCUCAAGCAUUAUGCUACAUUGUUCAACGUGGGGCAGUUGGCGAGUCCAGUUGGCUCGUAUCUAUUAAAUGUGAAGAUCACAGGCGUUUUGUAUGAUCAUGAAGCAUUAAAAGAUCUUGCGCGGAAAAAUGGGCACAGGUCAUUGAGUGGGGAACUGACUUGUAUCGGUACUCAUUGUUACAUGAAAGCUUUCAUAAUUUUGGCUGCUGCUGCAUCUUUUGGAGCUUUUGCUUCAUUGAUUUUGGUGUUCAGAACUCGAGAAUUUUAUAAAGGUGACAUAUACAAGAAGUUUAGAGCCGAAACUGAAGCUCAAGAAGGAUAACUAGAAAUCAGACUUGCUUCACUUGAUUGUUUUACUCAAUUGAUGUUUAAUACUGUGCAUCCUGUAUCUGUGUUUACGCAAUACCACACGAGGAAUAGUGUGCCAUCCUGGAAGGAUGAGCGGCGCAGCUUGUUGCUCCAAUGUCUUCUAUCCUGGUGUAAUCAUUUAGUGUAAUAUUACUAGUUAUAUUAUCCAUGAUAUCAUAUUUCACCUUUA